AUGCUGGUCUCUCCAGAGUUAUCAGUCUCUCCCUCUCUCUCUCUCUCUCUCUCUCUCUCUCUCUCUCUCUCUCUCCAGAGAUAUCAGUCUCUCUCCAGUAUCAGUGUAUCUUCAGACUUACCCAGCAUCGUUGUCCGUCCUCUUCAGUCCUUUGGAGAUGUGAGUCAGACUGUGUCUGAACUGAGAGAGAAACUAGAAGACUUCCUUAAAGGAGAAUGGACCAAGAUCUCCACUACAGUGAAUAUAGUGGAUGUUGUACUGCCUCCAGAGCCCAAGACCAGAGAACAGUUGUUACAAUAUUCCUGUCAGCUCACACUGGACCCAAACACAGCAGACACACACCUCUCUCUGUCUGAAGGGAACAGAAAGGUGACCUAUACAGACCAAGUCCAACCAUAUCCUGACCAUCCAGACAGAUUCACCAACUGGUGUCAGGUUCUGUGUAGAGAGGGUCUGUCUGGACGCUGUUACUGGGAGGUGGAGAGGACUGGUGGUGUUUAUACAGCAGUCUCAUAUAAAGACAUCAGCAGAACAGGGACAGAUGGUGCAUUUGGAUACAAUAACAAGUCCUGGAGUUUACAGUGCUCUAGUGGUGGUUAUUGUUUCAGACACAAUAAUGUUGAGACUAAAGUAUCAGGCCCUCAGUCCUCCAGAGUAGGAGUGUACCUGGAUCACAAGGCAGGUACUCUGUCCUUCUACAGUGUCUCUGACACAAUGACCCUCCUCCACAGAGUCCAGACCACAUUCACUCAGCCCCUCUAUCCUGGGUUUGGUCUCUGUUAUUAUAAUAAUACUGCUGAGCUGGUUAAACUGUAAACUGAUUUGUUAUUAAUUAAAAUGCAAUACAAUGUUUUAAUCUUGUACAUUUCCAUGAAUCAUGAUGUCUGGUGUUGAUGUAUAUUGGUUGUCAUUCAGAACCAUUGAUAUGUUUUCUCAGUUGGUUCUCUGUCUCUAUGUAAUUCUCCUCAGUAUCAUUGAUCAGCUUGUUGGCUCGGUCCUAAUUGAUGUGUUCUCUGUCACCUGGAGCUGCAUGGAAAAUGGUCCAGGAACUAAAGGACAAUUCAGGACUAGUCAGCCCACUACAAGCUGGUAUCACUUACUUUCUACUAAACUAUAUGGUCUGGUUUCCCAGACACAGAUUAAUCCUAGUCCUGGACUAAACAGUAUGUUCAAUGUAGAUGUCCAGGAAACCGGCCCUAAAUGUGUCAUCUUUCAUCCUCCCAUACUGCUCAGUCCAGCAACAUUAAACCUGUCCAGCAGGUGGUGCUGUUGACCAAACAAUAAAACCAGCAGAUAUCUUGACUUGCCACUCAGUAUAUCAGUAAUGUUCAGAAUAGUACUUUAAUAUCAUUGGAGAUUGAUGGUCUUUUUAAUCCACUAUCCAGAGUCAGGAACAGAUGAAGUUAGGUCUGCUACUGUUCAGUGAUUAAAUAUGAUUUAUGGUAAUGGGAAAUAAUAAAAAACACUCAACUU